UCUUACACUAACUAACCUCUACUUAGCAGGAACAACAACAGGUCGAACUGAAUUGACGGGCAAUCAGGGAAAAGGCAAUGUCUUGCCUGAACCGCCUUAUUGUGGUGGCAAUAAUGAAGAAAGAACUUUGGAACCCACUUUACUCACGAAUCCAUAUACUUGGAUGGCAUUGCUGAGUUACACAAAUGAGAAUGGUGACGACGAGUUCUUGUGCGGAGGUAAUCUAAUAAAUCAACGUUACGUUUUAACAGUUGCUCAUUGCGUUACUAAUAAUUUGGCGAACAAAAAACUCUCUAAAAUACGUUUAGGAGAAUAUAAGUUAGGUGAGGAGAAAGAGUGCAAGAAUGGUGAAUGCAAUGAAAAACCUUUGGAUUUAAAUAUCGAGACUAUAAUAGCACAUCCAGACUAUAAUAGUAGAAGUGGUCACAAUGAUAUCGCUUUAAUUCGUUUAGCAGCUAAUGUCAAUUUCACGGAUUCCAUACAACCUAUAUGUCUGCCUUUACCGGAAACACGGGUGAAUUUAACGGGAGGAGAAAUUUUAACUGUCGCCGGUUGGGAUCCCCCACGGGGGAAUGCUAAAGUGAAGAGUCAUGCGAAAGCAACUAUCGUCGAGCAUACAGAUUGUGACAAAGAAUUUCAGAGUCACCGUAAACCAUUAAUAACUUCACAGAUUUGUGCUCUUGGUGAAGUUUCCAAAGACAGUUGUGGUGGCGAUUCGGCUAAUCCUUUAAUGCGUAAAGUUUCUAAAGAUCACUCGGAUAAUUGGUAUUUAGAAGGCAUGUCAUCACUUGGCUAUCGUUGCAGCAGCGAAAAUUUUCCUGUAGUCUACACAAGGGUAGCUGACUAUGUCGAUUGGAUACAACAAAUCAUAAAAGAGUAGACAAACACAACAGUCGUUCGGAAGUUGUCAAGCCUUUCCCUCUCACAAAUUGUAGCGAAUAGAGAAAGCAACGAAUUGUAUCAAACCUAUUACAGUUAAGCUACAUAUGUUUUUCAAACAACUACAAUAUCAAUAAAUU